AUGGACAGCUCCGAAGAUAAAGGGUCGGUCACAGAUGAUGGUCCCCGAUCGAGCGGCGACGUUGUCGGCGUUUCAGAAGGGUAUACUGCCGAAGAGGAAAAGGCUGUCUUGCGAAAGAUUGACAUGGUCAUUCUACCAUUCAUGUGCUUCGUUUUCUUCUUGCAAUAUCUGGACAAACAAAGUCUCAGCUAUGCAGGUGUAUUUGGCUUGAUCAGUGAUCUCAAUUUGACCAACUCGCAAUACUCGUGGUCGAGUUCCAUCUUCUACGUCGGCCAACUGGUAUCGGAAUACCCCUUCAUCUACCUGAUGAGCCGGCUACCACUCACCAAAUUUGUCGGCGCAACCGUUAUCAUAUGGGGCAUCAUUUGCAUGUGCCUCGCCGCACCAAAUAACUUCGCCGGAUUUGCCACAGUUCGCUUUCUUCUUGGAUUCAGCGAGGGAGCUGUUUCUCCCGCUUUUGUCACAAUCACCGGAAUCUGGUACCGCAAAAAGGAGCAUACAGUGCGAACUGCUCUAUGGAUUACCAUGAAUGGCUUGGCGCAAGUCAUCGGUUGCCUACUGAUGUACGGCAUCGGCAAGAAUAAUUCCUUGUCAAUCGCCCCUUGGCGUGUACUCUUCAUUAUCUGUGGUGCUCUGACCGUGGUUGCCGGAAUCGGCUUCUUCUUGCUCAUGCCUAGUGGCCCCAAGAAUGCGUGGUUUCUUACUCCACGCGAAAAAGAAGUCCUGUCCCUCCGUAUGGCUGCAGAUCGCGAGGGUGGAGACAAAACCUCAUUCUCUAUUCCCCAGUUGAAAGAGACAGUGCUAGACUCGAAGGCUUGGAUGGUCUUCUGUUUCGGUGUUCUAUCAACAAUGCAGUCUCCGGUUUUGACAUUCGCAUCCCUUGUCAUUGAGUCUAUCGGCUAUAGCAAGCUCGACACCAUGCUGUAUACUGCACCGUCGGGUGCGGUACAAGUCGGCCUGCUAUGGAUUGGCACUGCUCUGGUCUGUUGCUUUCCACGUCAGAGAACAUUGAUCGCUCUUGCCUUGAUCAUCCCGCCGUUCAUUGGCACUAUCUUCCUUAUGAAACUUGAUGCAGCGGCUGAAUGGGGCCUUAUUGUAGCCUCCUGGGUGGCGUCAUGCAUCACUGCAUGUAUGUCAAUAUUUCUUUCACUCUCGGCGUCCAAUGUCAAGGGCAAUACGAAACGCGCAGUUGUCAACACCAUGUUUUUCAUUGGAUACUGUGCUGGUUGCAUUGGCUCACCACAGCUCUGGACUCACAGACCACGUUAUACAGAGGGAGUGAUAACCUCCAUCGUUACGUGGUGUCUUCUUUUCGUUGCCGUGAUUGUAUACCGCCUUCUUUGCGUAUUCGACAACGAAAGACGAGAUUCGCAAAUGAGCUCAAAUAAUGAAAGUAUGAGAUGGGAUGUUGAAUUGGACGAAAACGGAUUACCCCGAAACGACUUGACGGACAAAGAUGAUAAAAAGUUUCAAUAUGCUUACUAG